GGACUUGUGGGUUCCGCUGGAGAAUGCCCACGAAGGGCACAUCACCACGGAUGGCCAGCUGGCCUCCUACCUGGACCCCGCCCUGGAGAAGGGCCCCCGAAACGUGCUGCUGUUCCUGCAGGAAAAGCUAAGCAUUGAAGACUUCACUACAUAUGGCGGUGUGUUUGGCAACAAGCAAGACAGUGCUUUCUCUAAUCUGGAGAAUGCCCUGGAGUUGGCUCCCUCUUCCUUGGUCCUGCCUUCAGUGGACUGGUACGCAGCCAGCACCUUGACCUCUUACCUGAAGGAGAAGCUAGGAGCGAGUCCCCUGCACGUCGACCAGGCCACGCUGCGGGAGCUGAAGCUCAAUGACACCCUUCCUGCUCUGCUACUCCUGAGACUGCCGUACACCACCAGUUCCGGCUUGAUGGCCCCGAAAGAAGUGCUCACAGGCAAUGAUGAGAUUAUUGGGCAGGUGAUGAACACACUCAAGGCAGAAGGCGUACCCUAUACGGCCAUACUGACUGCUGUUAGGCCUUCCCGGGUGAUUCGGGACUUGUCGAUGGUGUCUGGGGGUCUGGGGCGGCACCUCCUUGGAGAGGAUGAGGAUUUUAAGCCUGGGCCAUCCCUGUCCCCGCCCCAUCCACCAGUGAGCUACAAUGACACAGAGCCUCGAAUCCUCUUUUGGGCCCAGAAUUUCACGGUGACCUUUAACAAUAAGUUGAGGGACCUGACUGCACUCACCUUUGGAAACCCAGCCCUCAACCUGAGCGGCUCCAGCUGGAACAGCUCCUUUGCCCAGCUCGCCAUGACAUACGAAAACGUCUUUGGCCCAUUCCUGACCAUCAAACUUAUCCUGAACAAUCGCUUGUACCCGGUUUCGGCCCGGAACUGGUUCACCAUGGAUCGACUGGAAAUCCACAUCAACAACUCCGUCGUGGUCUUCAAUUCCUCCCAUAUCACAGCACCCAGCAUCUAUUCCUUCCACUGCGAGUACGUCAGCAGUGAACGGUCCAAGAAUAGCCUCCUGGUGUCUUUGCCCGGCUCCUCUGCCUGGCACGUGACUUUCCAGGAUUUCCAGAUCCAGGCCUUCAACUUGUCCGGGGGGAACUUCUCGUACGCCAGUGACUGCGCCAGCUUCUUCUCCCCCGGCAUCUGGAUGGGGCUCGUGUCCUCCCUCAUCCUGCUCUUCAUCUUCACCUACGGGCUGCACAUGAUCCUCAACCUCAAGACCAUGGACCGCUUCGACGACCACAAGGGGAGCACGCUCUCCGUGCCCCUGACCGAGUGACGCCUGCGGCCCCUGCGGCCCCUGGGCCCGCCUUCUGCUCGCUCCUGCUUCCUCAGUAGCUAGGCCUCCCCGCCGCCACCGCCCUCGCUUGCCUUCCCUUGCUCUGUCCAUGGUAACAAAAAGCAGUUGCUGCUGUCCACGACCCAGACCCCCUCGGAGGGCUGAGAGGCUGGAGUGGAGGCCUGCCUGGGCGCUAGAAGCCGAGGCA